AAUGAGAAACAUCAAGAGAUUUAAAUUCCCAACAUAUAAGUCUUUUUAGCUUUUGCUCUCUUCUUAUAAGAUAGCUUUUACUACUUUUUUGCACCUUCCCUUGCUUGCCAAUUUCGACUACCCAAUUCCUCCUUUCUCAAGUUUUGUUUUAUUCUUCCUUCUCUCUUGGUGUGAAGGAAGCUUUGAUUCUUGAAAAUUAUAAUUAUUUAUACAUAUAUACGUAUAUAAGAUAUCUAAGGAUGGUAGAGGACUUCUUGAUUGGCCUAGUUUUAUUAUAUAUUUCAUUCUUUCAAAAUCUUGAAGCUCAAUUGCACAUGGCUUCCCCACUUGCCUCUUGUCUUGCACUCUUCCUCCUCCACCUUCUAAUCAAUUCAGGUUCAAGUAUAGCAGGGAAACCUUCGCCUGAAGCAAUUAGAGAACAGAAUGAAUUAGAUGGUCAUCGUAAUCGGAUCCUCAUUUCACCUUUGUUCACCGAAGAUGAACUGGAUACAGCUCCGGGUAAUAUUCCCGUCGUGAAUCCAACAACUCCCGUUGUGAAUCCAACAACACCUACUGUACAGCCAAUAAAUCCACCUGCCGAGACAACUACACCCACACCUGUAACAUCAGGAGGCCAAUGGUGUAUUGCAAGCCCGACUGCUUCCCCAACUGCAUUGCAAGUAGCCCUUGAUUAUGCGUGUGGCUAUGGAGGUGCAGACUGUUCUGCACUUCAACCAGGGGCAAGUUGUUUUGAUCCCAAUAAUCUGCGAGACCAUGCUUCUUAUGCAUUCAAUGACUACUACCAGAAGAAUCCAGCUCCUACCAGCUGUGUUUUUGGAGGAACAGCACAACUUACCAACACUGAUCCAAGUAAGAUGAAUUCGGCAACUUUAGUAAUAGUAUUUAGCUGA